AAGGAUACCGUUGUUAAUCGGGCUGCCUAGUUAGUCAUUUAAAAUUACGCUUACAGUCCCUUGAGUGGAUAUGUUUAAAGUAUCUCCACCUCCUAUAGUAUAUACUAGCUAGGUGUCUCCCAGGUGACGUGUAAAUACCUGUGUAAUGAUUAAACCAACCAACCAGAACAGUCCAUUCAGUUUACAAGAUAGUUUACAAGAUACACCUGUAGGCUAGAAUAAUAUUAUCAAAUGAUAUAUUCUUGAAAAAUAGAGUAAAAAAGACAGUAAAUAUGUGUGAACCAAUAAAUUAAAGCUUUUGUUGCAGCCAGACCCCCAGCAUUGCAAAAUAAACAGAAUUAAAGAGAAGGUCCUAAUGAUGAGGAUGAGUUUACUGAUUGGUUCACUGAAACAAUAUCUUCUAAUGCUGGUUCUAAUCCUGUAUCUGUGUCUGAGUGUAAUCUAUAGUCCGGAACAGAAGAUAAAUACACCAAAAUUAUUAAACAUGCAUUCCAUAAGACAACAAGAUUCCGUUCUAAGCGAAGAUAGUGAUUUCAAAGACAAUUCCCAGCACAUAUUGUCUAAUAGUCAAGACAAUUUACAGCACAUAUUGUCAAAUAGUCAAGACAAUUCAGUACAGUUCUUGUCAAAUAUUCAAGAAAAUUCACGACAAAUAUUGUCAAAUAAUCAAAACAAUUCAAGAAACGUAUUGUCUGAUAAUCGAAAAAGUUUAGAACAAAAAAUGUCCAAGAGUCAGGAAAAUUUAGAACAAAAAUUGUCAAAAAGUCAUGACAGUUAUAAAAACAUUAAUACCGAACACACAAUUAAACUUUAUCAGACUUCUGCACCAUUCUUGUCUAAGAAAAAAGACAAUUUUCAACCGAUCUUGUCGCCGAAAAAAGAGAGCCCAGAACAAGUUGUGUCAACAGCAAAAGACAGUUCUGGAAAAAACUUGUCUGCUAAGAAAGACAGUUAUGGACAGAUCUGGGCCUCAAUGGGUUUAUGCUACAACAAAAAUGUCCAGGAGAUGGGCAAAGCACGGUAUCCUUACAAGGAAGUGACCCCGCUAGCGCUUCUGCUAUGGAGAUACUUCCUUCCUGAAGUUCGGACAAUAGUGAGGAUAAUCUACACCACUUCUAAGAUUGGACCUAUGAUGGAAGAAUAUGGAAAGAUGCUGAAAAAAACUGGAGCUAUAGUUGAGUUCAUACCUGAGUGUAGAUUCAGAUUUAAGUGA